AUGGUCUGCGGUGGAAUGGAUAGUGUGAUCAAUGGUGAUUUGAGCUCUGGUUUCGAGAAUUUAACAUGUGUACGGUGUCAUGAUGGCUUCGAUUUGAAUGAACAAAUUGUAAAUUCUUCCGGACAAGUGUGGCAUUCUGAUUGUUUCGUUUGUUCGCAAUGUUUCGAGCCAUUUCCGGAUGGGAUAUAUUUCGAAUUUGACGGGCGAAAAUACUGUGAGCAUGACUUUCACGUAUUGUAUGCGCCGUGCUGCAAUAAAUGUAACGAAUUUAUUGUGGGCCGAGUAAUAAAGGCAAUGAACGCAAAUUGGCAUCCGCAGUGUUUCCGAUGCGAAUUAUGUAACAAGGAACUUGCUGAUAUCGGAUUUUUGAGGAAUUGUGGAAGAGCGCUUUGUCGUGAAUGUAAUGAGCGAGAAAAGGAAGCAGGUCGAGGUCGUUAUGUAUGUCAUAAAUGCAAAGGCAUUAUUGAAGAUGGUGGCCAUAUUAAAUAUCAUGGCGAUAGCUUCCAUCCAUAUCAUUUUAAAUGCAAAUGUUGCGGUGUGGAACUAGAAACAAAUUCACGUGAAGUCGGUGGAGAAUUGUAUUGUUUGAGAUGUCAUGAUACGAUGGGUAUUCCGAUUUGUGGCGCAUGCCACAGACCGAUUGAGGAACGUGUAGUUACUGCAUUAGGCAAGAACUGGCAUGUUGAGCAUUUCGUUUGUGCUGUUUGUGAAAAACCGUUUCUUGGUCAUCGUCAUUACGAGAAGAAAGGAUUAGCUUACUGCGAGCAACAUUAUCAUAAGCUAUACGGUAAUGUAUGUUUCAAAUGUGGUAAAAUAUGCAGUGGUGAAGUAUUCCAAGCGCUCAACAAAUCGUGGUGUGUUGAUUGCUUUGGUUGCAGUCUUUGCGACAAAAGAAUGGAUCAUAAGACAAAAUUUUAUGAAUUUGAUAUGAAACCAACAUGUAAACGUUGCUACGAUCGUUUUCCAACGGAAUUAAAGAAAAGAAUCAGUGACAGUUUGAAAGAACGAGAUCUAGAAAAUGAGAGAAACAAAAUGAUGUUGCAAAGGCGAUCUACGAGUCCAUUCCAACAGCAAACAAAUACCUCUAGAAGAUGA